AUUCACAGGUGUGGACGAUUUUCAGAAUUACUCUGUUAUAUUCUGUAACACUUUUAUGUGUAGUGUUAAUAUUGCCAGUUUUGAGGACAUGAACACUAGGGGAGUGAGUGUGUGCGAGUGUGUGUUUCUGAGCUCAGCUUGCUGCCUCAGUGAAGCUAAAGGGCGGUAGAAGAUCUAAGUGGAGCUAGUUGAGCUGCGUGGACAAUGGUCACCUGGUGAGGUUGGUGAACUCGGCACACGUAUCUGGACAGUCCACCAUGGAGUGUUUGUGAAGCACUGACAUUUUCUAAGUGGAAGGCAGAAAGGAGACAAGAGAAGCAGGCCAGUGACGAGACAAUGUCGUCCAACAGUAACCAGAACCCGCACGGGCUCAAACACAUUGGGCUGGACCAGAUCUGGGAUGACCUGCGGGCAGGGAUUCAACAGGUGUAUACGCGACAGAGCAUGGCCAAGUCCCGCUACAUGGCGCUCUACACACAUGUUUACAAUUACUGUACCAGUGUCCAUCAGUCAAACCAGGCGAGGGGUGCAGGCAUUCCCCCCACCAAACCCUCCAAGAAGUCUCCCACUCCAGGGGGAGCACAGUUUGUCGGGCUUGAACUUUACAAGAGACUUAAGGACUUUCUCAAGAGCUAUUUAACAAAUCUUCUGAAGGAUGGGGAAGAUCUGAUGGACGAGAGCGUUCUGAAAUUUUACACACAGCAGUGGGAGGACUACCGCUUUUCCAGUAAAGUGUUAAAUGGGAUUUGCGCCUACCUCAACAGACACUGGGUACGCCGGGAGUGUGAUGAAGGGCGGAAAGGAAUUUAUGAAAUCUAUUCGCUUGCCUUGGUGACAUGGAGAGAGUGUUUAUUCAGACCUCUAAAUAAGCAGGUGACGAAUGCCGUCUUGAAACUCAUUGAGAGAGAAAGAAACGGCGAGACUAUUAACACCAGGCUGAUCAGUGGAGUUGUACAGUCCUAUGUUGAACUGGGCCUGAAUGAGGACGAUGCCUUUGCUAAAGGACCCACACUAUCUGUAUACAAAGAGUACUUUGAGAGCCAGUUCUUGGCCGAUACAGAACGCUUCUACACAAGGGAAAGCACAGAGUUCCUUCAACAAAACCCUGUAACUGAAUACAUGAAAAAGGCGGAAGCACGGUUGUUGGAGGAGCAGCGGCGGGUUCAGGUUUACCUUCAUGAAAGCACACAAGACGAGCUGGCUCGCAAGUGUGAACAGGUUCUCAUAGAGAAACACCUGGAGAUUUUCCACACAGAGUUCCAGAACCUUCUGGAUGCUGACAAGAAUGAAGAUCUGGGCCGAAUGUACAACCUUGUCUCGCGCAUCACAGACGGUUUAGGGGAGCUGAAGAAACUCUUGGAGACCCACAUUCACAACCAAGGCCUGGCAGCCAUUGAGAAGUGCGGGGACUCGGCUCUCAAUGAUCCUAAAAUGUACGUACAAACUAUAUUGGAUGUGCACAAGAAGUACAAUGCGUUGGUGAUGUCAGCGUUUAAUAAUGAUGCAGGCUUUGUGGCUGCUCUUGAUAAGGCCUGUGGGAGAUUCAUCAACAAUAACGCCAUUACAAAGCUGGCUCAGUCCUCCAGCAAAUCUCCAGAACUGCUGGCCAGAUACUGUGACUCCUUACUGAAGAAGAGCUCAAAGAACCCUGAGGAGGCAGAGCUGGAGGACACACUCAACCAAGUGAUGGUGGUUUUCAAAUACAUCGAAGAUAAGGAUGUUUUCCAGAAAUUCUAUGCCAAGAUGCUGGCUAAGAGGCUGGUUCACCAGAACAGUGCCAGUGAUGAUGCCGAGGCCAGUAUGAUCUCCAAAUUAAAGCAAGCAUGUGGUUUUGAGUACACCUCCAAACUGCAGCGCAUGUUCCAGGACAUCGGUGUCAGUAAGGACUUGAACGAGCAGUUUAAAAAGCACCUUUCAAACUCUGAGCCUUUAGACUUGGAUUUUAGCAUUCAGGUCCUCAGUUCAGGAUCCUGGCCUUUCCAGCAGUCAUGCACAUUUGCGUUGCCUUCAGAGCUGGAGCGCAGUUACCAAAGAUUCACCGCUUUCUAUGCCAGCAGACACAGUGGGCGCAAACUGACAUGGCUCUACCAUUUAUCCAAGGGCGAGCUAGUCACCAACUGCUUCAAGAACAGAUACACUCUACAGGCAUCCACCUUCCAGAUGGCCAUUCUGCUGCAGUUUAACACCGAGAACAGCUACACUGUUCAACAGCUGGCUGACAGCACACAGAUUAAAGUAGAUAUUUUGGUUCAGGUUUUGCAAAUCCUGUUGAAGUCCAAGUUGUUGGUCCUGGAGGACGAGAACGCGAACGUAGAUGAAAUGGACUUCAAACCUGAUACACUCAUAAAGCUUUUCUUGGGCUAUAAAAACAAGAAGUUGCGGGUCAACAUCAACGUGCCAAUGAAGACGGAGCAGAAACAAGAGCAGGAGACGACACACAAAAACAUUGAAGAGGACCGGAAGCUCCUCAUACAGGCUGCUAUCGUCAGAAUCAUGAAGAUGAGGAAAGUACUGAAGCACCAGCAGCUCCUUGCAGAAGUACUAAACCAGUUGUCAUCACGAUUCAAACCUCGAGUCCCCGUCAUCAAGAAAUGCAUCGAUAUUUUGAUAGAGAAGGAAUACCUGGAGCGCGUCGAUGGCGAGAAGGACACCUACAGCUACCUGGCUUAAACGCUUUAUUUCUAAAGCCAGAUUCAAACAUCAUUCCCGAAGCCUCUCGGCUUUCGUCACAAGGGAUGCGCACAUGGAACUGGACACCGGAGCUCCCUUUAAACGCAGUGGGAUAACACUGCCGCUCUCCUGAAGUCUCGGCUCAGCCGCUCAGGAUCUCCGUGGCCGUUUCAUUCUGUAAAUAGGCCGCCAUACCCUUAGUGAGACCCGGCCCGACUUCCGGGUUGCAUGUUUCUGCGUCUCAUCUGAAAAACAUAGCUGAUUAAUUUAAUAAUUCACUGAAUGACUUGGGGCUGAGGUUAUUGUUGCAUUUAAGAAGGAACAAAUCAUGAAUUCUUUUCGAGUAUUUGUUAAACUGGCCUGUGUAGAGUUGUGUAAGCAGCCUUUAUCCGCUCCAUCAUUUGUAUAGUGUGGUUUGUUUUAUAAACGUCAUGAAUAAACUUUAAAUUUUCUGUAA